AUGGACGACGAAGGAGAGCAGCAGAAACACGUGGCGUCGCUGAGCACGGUGUCUCUUGACUUGUACUCAGAAGCAAGCGAUGGAGCUGACGAAGCUAUGAAGCCACCGGUUUGUAACCGAUGCACUUGUGCACCAGUGGUGAUAUUGACUGGUCUAGUCUUGGUUGCCGUUGGGUUGGUGCUGGUGCUGGAUGGGGACUACACUCGUCAACAGGUUGAUCAUGGCACAGAAGAUUCAGUUCCAACAACGUUCUCGCCACUAACGAGCAGCAAAACCGAUCUCAAGGCUCCCGCAAAAAUGCUACUCAAGUGGUUGGAGCAGAUGCAUUACGCAAGCGCACUCGAUGUCGAAGGCGGUAGCAGUGACAUGAACGUGAAUGGUGUGCUCUUUCCGCAAAAUAGCACCGAUACGUUGUUGCCGUUCAACGCCAUCUUCUCAGUCUCAUCUGGAAUGGCUGUACCCAGUCAAGACUAUAUCGCUGUAGCAAACGGACGUGGCUACAAGUGGACCGUGACCUCAUUUGGUUUUGGAGAGAACCUCGCCACAGAGGGCUGCUUGUCUGCAGAGCACGGACUCCCUUUCGAUAAGCUCGACUCGAUCGUACAAACAGCAAACUGGACGUUCUCAGACCUUGAUGAUACGACUAAAGUGGACGUUCGUGUGGACGAAGAGACGUACACGGUUUAUCCGGAAAGCAACAACCUUUCAAGUUAUGACCAUUGCUGGAUCAUUCAGCGCGAUGACCUCGAGUUCGGGUUGCGCCUUUGCACCUCCACGACGAGUGGACAGCUUCUACAGACUGAAUUUGAAGAUUUGUUCAAUGCUACUGCCCAGUGCCCUGAACUUGCACCGAGUGCAACUCGCACAGAGGCCCGCGCACUAUUUUCUGUACCACUGCCGUUACGUCAAUGGUAUGCUAACUACCAAACGCAGUAA